GUGAACUCCUAAGGAUUCUCCGUCCACAUGAGUUUCUCAGUGCGCCAUGGUGAGGGUGUUGAAACGAGACGUGAUCGCAGCCCACACAGCGAGCAUUCGGCACUGCGGCCACAGCAAAGACUGGCAUCGGGCGCUUGCGUUGCUGGAGGAAUUUGUUGAGCUGCGAUUCCGUUUGGACAUCAUCCAGUGCUGCGCUGGGAUCAAGAGCUGUGGACAAGCGCUGCAGUGGUCGCAGUCCUUGCAGCUGCUCUCGCGCGCGCUACAGACAUCCCUGCAGCGCCUCGAGGUAGCCUGGGCGGCCUGUGCCAAAGCCUGUGGCACCUGGUGGCAGGCCCUUGAGUUGGUUGCGGCGAACCAACUGGAACAUGAAUUCGUGGAGUCAGCGGUGAUGCGUGCCUGUACCCAGGACAGCCGUUGGCCCCUUGCCUUGCAGCUCCUAUCCGUUUCCGCCGUUUCCGCCGGUUCCGUGGCGAUGUACAACGCAGCGCUGGCGGCGGUGGAGGAUUGGACGCAAGCCGUUCAGCUGAUGAUGGAGAUGCAGAGAGGGCUUCUCGAAGCUGAUGUCGUGACGUAUGGGGCGGUGAUGACCAGCUGUCAGACUUCGGACCAAUGGCAAUGGGUUUUGCAGAUUUUGGACGAGCUGCAGCUGUUGCAAGUGCGGAAGAAUUCAUUCAUUUACAACAUUGCUAUCAAGGCUUGCGACAAUAGUUCAGGAUCGCUGUGGGAGAGCGCCUUACUCUUUUGCCGUGAGCUCAAGGAGAUGAACAUGGACGAUCUGGUCACAUACAACUCCAGCAUCAGCGCCUGUGCCACAGCCAGUGAAUGGAGCCAGGCCCUUGCCUUGCUUUCGGAGCUCCCCCAGCGCCGCCUUGAGGAGAAUGAAGUGACCUACCUCGUAGCCAUGGGCAGUUGCGGCACCGUCUCGCAGUGGGAGCGCUGUCUGGAUGUUCUGCGCCAAUGUGACCGAAGCGCUGGGGUGAAUCUUCAACACCUCAACACAGCGAUUAAUGCUUGCAGCAGCGCGGUGCAAUGGCUCUUCGCCUCAGAGCUCUUCAGCACUGCGCGGCUGAAGCGCAUGGAAGAUGAGGAUUUAGCGCUUUAUGAGGCAUUUCGACUGGCACUGUACGGCUGGGAGCGGUGAAAA